AUGGGUAACAAAGAACAGAAACCAAGUGAACAAACGCCAUUGUUAAUAGAAGAAUCGUCCUUUUGUUCGUCUUCAACUGCUAAAUCUGUCAAAAAUAACAUUUCUUCUUCUUCUCUAUUGUCAUACAAUCUUCAUUAUCAAUUUAUAGACUCUCAUCAUCAGACGGCACCGAUAACAUCAAACGCAUUUCUACAUCAUCGUCGAAGCCUUCUUCAAAAUGCAUAUGAUCUUUCAAAAAAGAUAUUUAGAAUACUACCUUCUGUUGCUGUUAUAUCUCUCAUUUGGUUUGGGGCAACACCUUCAACCGAACUAACAGUUACAGCAAUACGUACCUUGGCGGUUUUCAUCGGAUGCAUUUUGGCAUUGCUUACUACAUCUAUUGAUAUAUCGAUUCUUGUAUUUACAGCACUCACCGUACUGGCAUUGACGCAAUCUUUCCAAUGCCAAACCGCUUCCGGAAAUAGCGUAGAAUGCCGACUAUGUCAUUCAACAGCAGCAAUAGAAGAUGUAUGUAUAGAAGAGGCGUUUGACGUAUCAUUAAAAGGAUUCGCCAGCCCUGUCGUUUGGUUGAUCUUUGCUGCCUUUCAUUUAGGUAAAGCGGUAGAGGUGACCCUUCUGGGUAAACGCAUCUCUUUGCAUUUAAUCCGUUUUUUUGGAAAGAAAGGUGUUAUGGGGCUAGCCUACGCCAUUCUUCUAUCAGAGUUAAUCUUGGCACCGUUUGUGCCCAGCAACACAGCUCGUGGUGGGGGUAUCAUAUUACCUAUUGUUCAGUCUAUGGCUCAAGCCUUACUUCAUACUUCGUCAUCUCCAUCAGCAGAAGAUUCUGACUUUGAGUAUCUCAAUGGUGCAACUUCAACUUCCUUAAUAUCGCGACAAAAAGGACAACAGCAUCAAAAAAUUGGGCAAUUCCUCAUGCUCGUAGGUUCGCAUGCCAAUUUACUGUCUGCCUCUAUGUAUUUGACAGGAAUGGCACCCAACCCCAUUGUUAUUGCAAAAGCGAACGCGUUAUACCCAGACUUGAAUUUCAACUUUAUCACAUGGUUGACCGGAAGUAGUGUACCGGCUUUAUGCUGUGCUGUCGUACUACCAUGGUUAUUAGCAUGGGUUAGUGGGGUGAAAUCAUUCUCUUUUAAACGUCAAAAGAAGAAAGAGAAUAGAGAAAAUGAGGGGUAUAACGGUCAUACUCGAAAUAGGAGUAAAGCUAAGAAAAAAACAGACAAUGAUAUGGAAGAUGACAGUGACUUGGAAGGAGAACCUGCUGGGUUGGAAACGGUUGUUAUAGAAGAUGUUGAUGACCAUGAAAUGAAAGGAAAAGGAAAACUAAACCAUGAUCGGGUCUAUUUGAGAUCGUCUUUCACGACUGAGGAGCAACAGCAACAAAACAAAGAAAGUGAGCAUAUUGGUAAAGAUAUGGAUAUAGUACAACAUGCAAUUCAGCAACUGAAGGACAUGGGAGCCCUUUCAGUGAAAGAAAAGCAACUUUGCUUCAUUUUGCUUCUCUGCCUAUCUUUAUGGGUUACAUCAGCGUAUACUCAUCUGAAUUCUACGCUUGUCGCUUUUAUUGGAUUGGCGAUUCUACUCCACAUGCAAACGAUACAUUGGAAAGAUAUUGCUGGUCAUACUCCCGCUUGGGAGACACUAUUCUGGUUGGGCGGAUUCGUUACUAUGGCUGAUCAACUAUCAGAGACAGGUGCUUCCUCUUAUCUCGGCCAUCAAAUUUCUCUUGGCAUUUCGAACUUGAAUUUAUCGCCUGUUCCUGCUUUAGCUAUAGCUUACUUUUUGACGACCUUUUUGUUCUCUUCCUUGAGUGCUCACACAGUCGCAUUUGCGGCAACCUUUUUAGAUGCGGGUCAAGCUUUGAAUGUGACCCAUCCAAAAAUAUUGACUGGAUUAUUGGCUUAUUUUGGCGCCUUAGGCGGCUGUAUGACGAAUUUUUCGACAGGAAGUGUUGCAAUGUAUUUUGCAACUGGCUACACGAGCCGUCCUAAAUGGUUUUUGAUAGGUGGAAUGCUAGCCAUUGUUUACCUAUUUGUCUACUUUACAAUAGGUAUCGUAUGGUGGUCCGUCCUUGGUUGGACUGCUGUAACCGCAACAGCCGCGACCUCGCCAAUCAUUACUCAACAUUGAAGUACGCAAGGGAAGAGGAUGAAAAAACAUUAUGAUUCUAUUAUGUAAAAAUAGUAGAUACGUAAUAGUAAAUAUUGAUAAUUAAAGUAAUAAAUUGAGUAUUAGUUGAUUUUAGUUUUACAUAAAAAUAAGAAAUGGAAUAUCUAAGAAAUGAUCAAAGAAGAUGUGAAUAGAGAAGAGGACUGAGCUGCUGCUUUUUUGAUGCUGUUAUUGAUCUCAUUCAGUAAACCAUGAUAUAGAUGAUCCAUAAUUUGCUUAUAUGCGGUAUCUUGAUACUUUAGCUUGAUACCUAAUUUACCGCCUGCCCAGCGUGCUUCAUACACUGUUACUUGGAAUCUAACAUCCUUUUUCAUUUUAGUAUUAUUCAAUAAUGAAUGCUUGCUAUUGUUGUUAGCACUUGUU